AUUGAAAACUCCAACACCUACUUUGCCUUUUCCUAUAAGACACACCAAACCUGCAACCCAAUCCCCACAUUCACACUCACGCCUCUCCUCCUCCUCCGUGUUCGUCAUCAACAGAUCUCGAGAGUUUUGCAGAAAGCUGUUGAAGGGUCGAGUCGUAACAUCAAGGAAAGGACUUGUUUCUUGAAGGAAAGCUUGAAUUUUUUUGGACUGUCUGAGCUUUUGGGGAAGAAAAUGGGGAGCUUUGAGACUGAUCUGAAUCUUGAGGCUACAGAGCUGAGACUUGGUCUGCCCGGAAGGGAAGAGUCCGACAAGAGCAGCAACGGUACUAGGAACUGCAACAAGAGACCUCUGUCUGAAUCUGAGCCAAGACCAGAUGGGGAUGAUGAAGGGCCGAAGGCCGCAUCCGCCCCAAAGGCGCAGAUAGUCGGGUGGCCGCCAAUCAGGUCGUACCGGAAGAACAAUCUCCAGCCGAAGAAGGCGGAGGCGGAGGCGGCAUCUGGGAUUUAUGUGAAGGUCAGCAUGGAUGGGGCUCCCUAUCUCAGGAAGAUCGAUCUCAAGGUCUAUGAUGCCUACCCUGAGCUCCUAAAGGCUUUGGAGAACAUGUUCAGAUUCACCGCAGGUGAGUACUCGGAGAGGGAAGGCUACAAAGGGUCGGAGUUUGCCCCAGCUUACGAGGACAAAGACGGCGACCUGAUGCUCGUCGGAGACGUCCCUUGGGAAAUGUUCAUAACAUCCUGCAAGAAGCUGAGAAUCAUGAAAGGGUCGGAAGCUAGAGGCUUGGGAUACGGGGUGUAACGACACCGCGAACCCCCAAGUCACCUAACCCAUUGAAGAGCAGAUAAACAACAUGGGCAGGGAUUCAAACUUUCGAAUGUUUAGGGAGGAGAGGGGAAUGCUUCUCCCUGGGUUCUCCGAGAGGGGCGGGUUUGGUUUAUGUGUCUGAAUGGUCGAGGCAGUCUUCAAUGGGGUGUCGACUGGCCGAUGAAGGAAGGCUCGAGACCAUAGUGUUGCAUUACUACAAGUUGGUUUUUUGUUUCCGGAAUUUUGAAACUGAGGUCGUUGAUGGUAUAUGAGAAUUACAUACGUGACAAUCGGGCUGGUUCUGUUUUUUUUUUAUUUUUUUUUUUCCUUGUAUCCAUCAAUCGGAUCGGUGCUUCUGCUCCAUAGCCGCAAACAAAAGUGGGGGGAAAGAAAGAAAAGAAGAAAAAAAGGUUAUUUCAUUUGUAAAUGUAUAGAGGACUGGGAGGAAUUUCUUCCAAAUUUCUCCGAUUUCGAUGUUUUGUAGCAUGAAUACGAUUACAGGUUGAAUGGUGUAUACACAGGUUUUUAAUGGAACAUAACAAUUUGAUACUGUUUCAUCAAA